AUGUCGGCCGCAACGCCUGCGAGGGAGGCGAAGGCGCAACCUCCGGGAGUUGCGAAAGAUCCAUUGCCAUCCGUCGGUCACUCAAUCGAAGCAUUUCCUGCCAUCUUCAAGCUUCUUCAAUCGCAUACUGAGCUGCUUGCACUAGUCACGCUCUUCGUGCACUGGCUGUACCAUCAAGAAAUACCUACAGACGGAAAAGUCUGGGCUCGCUUGUCGAUGCCCAGUGUACAUUUUUUCUGGAUGAAUUAUGGUCUACGAGAGUAUAUAAAGGCAUACAGCUUUGGCGAUCGCUUUGCUGUGCCCGCUUUCUCUCGCGCAUCCAACAAUGCCCUUGCGCAAACAGAUCUCAGUGGAUACUAG